AUGGGGCUUCGGACCCUCCUCCUGCUGCUCUCGGGGACCCUGGUCCUGACUCAAACACUGGCGGCAUCAGAUCCCCCAAAGACACACGUGACUCACCACCCCAUCUCUGACCGUGAGGUCACACUGCGGUGCUGGGCACUGGGCUUCUACCCAGCGGAGAUCACCCUGACUUGGCAGCGGGAUGGGGAGGACCAGACCCAGGAUAUGGAGCUUGUGGAGACCAGGCCAGCAGGGGACGGAACCUUCCAGAAGUGGGUGGCCUUGAAUGUUCCCUCUGGAGAAGAACAGAGAUACACGUGCCGUGUGCAACAUGAGGGGCUGCCCAAACCCCUCACCCUGAGAUGGGAACCUUCCCAGCCCACCAUCCUUACCAUGGGAGUCAUUGCUGCCCUGGUUCUCGGAGUGAUCUUGAUUAUUGAAAUUGUGGUGGUUGGAGCUCUGAACUGGAGGAAGAAGAGCUCAGGUGGAAAAGGAGGCAGCUAUGCUCAGGCUGCAGGCAAUGACAGUAACCAGGGCUCCGAUGUGUCUCUCACAGCCUCUAAAGUGUGA